CUACUUUACGCCACAUCAUGGCGUUUUUCGUGAAAACGCCAAAACUACACGAUUAAGGGUUGUUUUUGACUGUAGUUGUGCGUCCACGUCGGGAUAUUCACUUAAUGAUUUGCAAUUAGUAGGCCCCGCGAUACAGGGCGAUUUGUUAUCCAUACUAUUGCGCUUUAGGGAAAACAAGUACGUGGCGUGUGCGGAUAUCGAAAAAAUAUACCGCCAGGUAUUGGUUGACAAGAAACAACGCGACUUGCAAUUAAUUAUUUGGCGGGAAAAUCCGUCUGACCCACUGCAAGUAUAUAAAUUAAAAACUGUGACUUAUGGCACGAAUUCCGCCCCGUUUUUAAGUUGUAGGUGCCUUAAGCAGUUAGCGCUAGAGUGUGAUGACCCUGAAAUAGCCAACGUAAUUAACAAUGAUUUUUACGUAGAUGACCUUAUUUGUGGCAACCCUAACCAGGAUAAAUUAAAACAAAUUUGCACAAAGGUCGUCAAGGUCUUGCAGUCGGGAUGUUUUCCAUUGCAUAAAUGGAUUUUUAAUUUCGAUUUUGAUGAAUUUACCGAAUCGACGGACUCGUCCAAAGAGUUAUCAUUAGGUGAAAACGUACAAAAUAAAACGUUAGGGUUAGGAUGGUACAACCGCUCUGAUGAAUUGUUUUAUCACACUAGAUUUGAAAUAAAUUCUAAGCCGAUAACAAAGCGCAUUAUCUUGUCGGUUUCGUCUCAAGUCUACGACCCUCUCGGCUUGCUUAGCCCAACUAUUAUGAUCGCGAAAGUACUUUUACAGAGGUUGUGGAUGUUAAAGGCCGAUUGGGACACCCCGGUCCCGAACGACAUCGCAAAAACAUGGACACGAUUUGUCGCUGAUCUUUCGAAUUUAAAGUCAAUUCGCAUUCCGCGUUACGUAUUAAAUGACAACCCUAAACAUUUAGAGUUGCAUAUUUUUUGUGAUAGUUCUAUAACCGCGUACGGAGCGUGCGCUUAUGUUCGCGCUAUCGAUAAUGAUAACAGUGUCACAGUCAGGUUAUUAUGCGCAAAAGGGAAGGUGACCCCAAUAAAACCAGUGACCCUGCCAAAAUUAGAAUUAUGUGCGGCGCUAGUAGCGGCACGACUAUAUGCAAAAAUAGAUAGUUCACUUCGCAGUCGGUUUAACAAAGUAGUAUUUUGGUCCGAUUCCACAAUUGUCCUAGGUUGGUUACGCACGCCACCUAACUUACUUAAAACGUUUGUACAAAAUAGGGUUACCGAAAUACACGAUUUAACGCAAAAUCAUCCCUGGCAUCACGUAAGAAGUGAAAACAACCCCGCUGACUUGAUCUCGCGAUCUCGACCGUUAAAUUCGUUGUGGUCUUCUACAUUUUGGGGACAAGGCCCAGAGUUCCUUCGCGAUAUUAAUUUCGAGCCUAACUCUGACUUAAAAAAUAACCAAAAUAAUGACGAUUUGCCCGAGCUAAAGGCGAAUGUUUCACUUGUUUGUGUACCUAAUCGUGACAAUGAGGGAUGUUUUCCUUUCCAUAGAUUUUCUCAAUUCAAUCGUUUACAGCGUACCGCGGCGUAUGUUUUGCGAUUUAUUUAUAAUGCGCGCAAUAAACUUAGCAAAAAAACUGGGUCAUUAAGUGUAGACGAGUUGAAUGAAUCCGUUCUGUUGCUAGCCAGGCUGGCGCAGUAUGAGUCAUACCGAGAUGUGCAUAAUUGCUUAUCACGUAAACAGCUGUUAACAAACAAACACGGUGCAAGCCUUACUAAAUUAAAUUUAUUUCUUGACAACACGAAUGUGUUAAGAGUAGGCGGCCGUUUAGAAAAUGCUAGCCAAUUUGGUUACGAGAAAAAACACCCUAUUUUAAUUUCGUGUAAACAUUAUUUAGCCGUGAUAUUAUUUCGUUUCGAACAUAAGCGACUGUUGCACGCGGCGCCACAGCUGUUGUUGUUUACUAUAAAGGAAACCUGGUGGCCAGUGGGAGCUAGAAAUUUAGCACGAAAGAUUGUUCAUGAUUGUGUCACGUGCAAACGGAUGCAAGGUCAAACAUUGACACCUAUCAUGGGCAAUCUGCCUCGCGAACGAUUGGAACCAGGGUAUCCGUUCAUAUACUGCGGCGUGGAUUAUGGUGGUCCAGUGCUUGUUUUGAAUCGCAAAGGUAGGGGUGCGAAAUUAAUAAAAUCAUAUAUUUGUUUAUUCGUAUGUUUAGUAACGCGCGCUAUUCAUUUAGAACUGGUCAGUGACCUCUCGUCUGAUGGUUACUUAUUAGCAUUAAAACGUUUUAUAUCGCGUAGGGGUAAACCUGUUGGAAUAAUAAGCGAUAAUGGAAAAAACUUUGUCGGACUAAUGAACGAUUUUGAAAAAUUUCUUUCAAGUAUAUCUGGCGAUAUACAAGAGUACGCCUUGUCUCAGAAAAUUAAAUUUCGCAUGAACCCGCCGUACGCCAGUCAUUUCGGUGGGAUAUACGAGGCAGGUAUUAAAAGUUGUAAAUACCAUUUGCGACGCGUUGUAGGCAACGCACAUUUGACGUUCGAACAAUUAAGCACGACCUUGACCGAGAUUGAGGCCUUGCUUAAUUCUAGACCACUUACUCCUAUGUCAUCUGACCCCAACGAUUUUUUACCGCUUAGUCCAGGGCAUUUCUUGAUUGGUCGUCCGCUAACCGCACCUGUGUGCGCUAGCCUGAGCGACGUUCCUGAGCAUCGGUUAACGCGUUACCAGAGAGUCGAACAGCUUCGUCAGCAUUUCUGGAGUCGUUGGUCGCGAGAGUACGUAACGGAGUUACAAGCCCGAUCAAAAUGGAGGUUUCAGUCUGAUGACCUCAAAGAAAAUACGCUUGUCGUCAUAAAGGAAGACAAUGCUCCCCCGCUAAAAUGGAGUUUAGGCCGAAUCGUCAAAACGUAUCCAGGCAAGGACGGCGUCUCGAGAGUGGCCGACGUAAGGAUGCCUUCUGGAGGAACUGUGAGACGCGCUUUCUCGAAACUGUGUCCGCUUCUUCAGCCAGACUGUUAGCCACGUCAUCAGUCCCAUUAUCACGUUUUGUAAACCACCAGUUUCCAAGGCCGGGAGUAUGUCAAUGCAACUUAUGUGGGAGACCGUACCCGAUGCAACUUACGCAGCCUACCGUACACAUAUCGCAUCAUCG